CGUAUAAAAAGUUUAUAAUCUUGCCGGAAGGAGGAAGCGCGUCGCCGAUCACGCGCAUUCAUCAGUAUCUUUCUCAUUCUCUCACCUAAUCACAUAUUAGGGUCUUUCAUUAAUGGCGAAAUCGAUCUAAUUCGUCCCCGUGAACUUAACCCAACAAAAACCUUUGCUUCAACCAUACUUCUCCAAAACUGUCCCUUCUUCACCACUCUUCUCGCGUCUCUGUAUAUAUAUAAUAUAUAUAUAUAUGCAUCUAUACUUAGUAGAGAGGAAGACUCUUCCACGACAAUGCUAGAAUGGCUCAAUUCAGACAAUCGGGAACUGAGAGAUUCAGCGGCGGUCGCGGCGGAACAGCUUCUUCCGAUCACGUAGCGAUCGGGAUCCGAAACGGCGUCGGAGGAGCUAAAGCUACUAACCGGUGGAGAAGAUCCGUGAGAGCUGAUAAGAUUCGUCGACUUGGAAUCGGCUCUGUUGUGUUUGUUCUUUGCCUUGUCCUCCUUGUUACUGUUCUAGCUUACUAUUUUAUCUCUGGUAUCACUACUAGUAAUGGCUACGAUGAUAAAGUAUUUGAUUCAUAUGAAGGUGAUUUUUUGACGAAUGUGACUAGAAUAGAUCCUUCAAAAGUGCUUGAGUUUGGUCAAGGCUCAGUUGUUCAUGGACGAGAUUCUAGGGAUUGGGAUAAGGAUGAUAGAAGACGAGAUGAUGAUUAUAAUGAGGAUGGAGUUGAGCAUAAAUCUGUUGAUGUGAAAAAGGAUGUAGCAGUGAAAGGGAUUGGUAUGUAUAAUGAAGCUGGAAGGAAUGAACUUAAGAUGUAUGAAGCUGAGUAUCAAGCUACGCUGGGGAAAAACAAAAGCGAUGUACAUCAUGAAGGAGUUGAUAUGGAUCCUGAGGACGAUGAUGCGAUUGAUUCUCAUGAUGGGGAUGAGUAUGUUGAUUCUGGGCAUGAUGAUGACAAUGAAGAGCAGAACAAAGAGAAGGUUAGCGAGGUUGUUCAUUCUAUGACUAAGCAACAUAAUAAUAUGGAGAAGGAUGAUGGAGUUAUGUCGAAAAGGUCACUUGGGGAUUCUUCUCUUGUUAGUAAGAGUGGUAAGUCCGGGAAAGCGUCGAGGUCUGAUACAAAGAGAAGAGGUCGUCGCAGAUCUUCAGCUUCAUGUGAAAUGAAGCUAUUGAAUUCUAGUCAACCAAUAGUGGAGCCCUUGAAUACUCGAAAAUCUGCUAGAUUCUCCUUACAGUACGUAGAGAAGGAAGAUAAACCUGAUGGAGAAGAACAGUGGGAGCCUAGAUUUGCAGGUCAUCAGAGUUUACAGGAGCGAGAUGAUUCCUUCGUGGCGCAAGACAAGACAAUUCAUUGUGGCUUUGUCAAAGGCCCUAAAGGAUCUCAAAGCACUGGAUUUGACCUGACAGAAGAUGAUACUAAUUAUAUCAGUAGAUGCCACAUCGCUGUGAUCUCAUGCAUCUUCGGCAAUUCUGAUCGCUUGAGGCCUCCUGCCAACAAAAUGAUAAGUCGGUUGUCAAGAAAAAAUGUAUGCUUCAUUGUGUUUGUGGACGAGAUUACCAUGCAAACAGUUUCUGCAGAAGGACAUACCCCAGACAGAGCAGGAUUCAUUGGUCUGUGGAAGUUGGUUGUCGUGAAGAAUCUUCCUUACGCAGAUAUGCGGAGGGUAGGAAAAAUACCAAAAAUGUUACCACACCGACUUUUCCCAUCAGCAAGGUACUCAAUCUGGUUGGAUAGCAAGUUACGACUUCAGUUGGACCCACUACUCAUUCUGGAGUACUUUCUAUGGCGUAAAGGUCACGAGUAUGCUAUAUCCAAUCACUAUGACCGUCAUUGUUUAUGGGAAGAGGUUGCACAAAACAAGAAGCUGAACAAGUAUAACCAUACUGUUAUUAAUCAACAGUUUGAGUUUUACAAGGCUGAUGGGCUGACCAGAUUUAACGCUUCGGAUCCGUUCAAGCUUCUUCCUAGCAAUGUUCCAGAGGGAUCUUUCAUAGUACGAGCUCAUACUCCCAUGUCGAACCUAUUCUCCUGUCUUUGGUUCAAUGAAGUGGAACGCUUCACUCCCCGGGACCAGCUGAGCUUUGCUUAUACUUACCAGAAACUAAGAAGGAUGAACCCUGAUAAACCAUUUAAUCUUCACAUGUUCAAGGAUUGCGAAAGAAGAAAGAUUGCAAAGUUGUUCCGGCACAGAUCAUCAGACGAGAAGCGAAACCUUAUACAAGCAUCAAUACAAUAAACGACUCUGUGCGGUACCGAGCUGUAUCCGUCGUGCAUAUUACUUUGAGGCUCUACUGCUAUAUUCGCAGUGUCACUUGGAGAAAAGACCACUUUUUCUUUGCUCCAAUGACUUAGAAACUGCUGCAGGAAGAUCCAGAUGUUGUACAUUGGGACUGAGUCUGUUGCUUGUGGCGACAACCAGAGGAGGUUAUAGGAAAAACAAUGUGAGGUGAUUUGUAGAUUUAGGCGGCCUUAAGAGUUGAAACUUUGAAAAAAAGAAGAGGGGGCUUGAUUAGAUUCAUGAAAGGGUCAUCCAUUUUUAUUCAAUUCAUUGCUUUGUUUUUGUCUGUAUCACUAUCAUGCCACAGUUUACCCUUAGAAAAUAUACUCAUCCCCUAUAUA